AUGUCACAAGAAAAUGGUCCAAUUGAAGAUGAUUUUUUUGCAAAUAUGACAGAUGAAGAAUAUAAUGAUGCUGUUAUUGAAAUAUUAUGGCCAAAUAAUGUUGAACAAGGGUUAGUUACAAAUAUUAUAUUUGAAAAAUGUGCUCAUUAUUUUUUAAUUUCAAAGUUCGACAAUUUUUAAACCACGUGUUUUGAAAAUUAUAGAUAUAAAAUUUGCAAACAUAUUCCACGUAGUCCAACAUUUUUUUUUAACCCUCCUGUGAAAAAGUUUCUUUUUUUAUUUUAGGGUGUUCUAUGAAACAUUGUUUGAUUGAAAAUGAAUCAGGAACUACAAGAAGGAUCUCAAACAGUUCCUUGAUUCGUUUCAAAAACUACACAGGGAUCUGUUUACUGUAGCGAAGAGAAUUUUCAGAAUAGAAGUUUUUUUUAGUUCGGGAUGUCUGGAAAUUUCAUUAAUUCAAUGUUUUCAUUUUUUUAUUUCGAUAUAUUUUUCUGAUUGAUCUAUUGAUUUGUCAGAAAAUCAAAACACAUUUCUGAAUAUUAUAUUUUUCUCAAAAAACUGCUGAAAUUAUUAAUUCUUUUCAUUUCAAAAAAUCGGAAAUUCAAUUCUCAAAAUCUUCAUCGAAAAUUCAAAAAAACAAAAGUUCUUUAAAAAUUCCAAAGGCUUCUCUUUUUCUUGGCAAAAUUAUUUCGUUCUCCGAAAUGAGAAAACAAUUCACAGAUUGUUUUUGUUCUUUUUUUCCAAGGAUUUUCCUGAAAUUAUAGCUUGCAAAAAAAGAAGAAUUUGAAAUAAAACAUGGAAAUUCGGAACUGAGAUUGAAUAUAGUUUUGGGAUGAUUUAUUGAGCGGCUUUGCUUUUCGUCAUCCAAAAUUAAUUUUUAUAUGAACAAAUGUUUCAUAAAUCAAAAAUCUUAUGAAAAUUUUCAGAUUUGUUUGUGUUUUGGCUCUCAUGAUGUUAAUUGGAAUUGUUGGAAAUUUUCUGGUUGUUCUUGUUGUUUCAACAAAUAAAUCAAUGGUAAGAAAAUACUUCUAACUUCUUUUAUUUUUCCAUAAUAUCAAUUGAAAAGUUCUAAAACGGAUUUAAAAUCAAGCUUUGACCAGAUAAAUAUCUUGCUUGUUAUUCUUUUUUGAGAUUAGCUGAAAAGUCAUUUCUCGAUAAUCCGUAUAAACUAUUUUUAGAUGUUGCAAUUAAGGGCACAAAUACUUUUUUCAAUAUUCUUUUUUGUGUGUGACGAAACAAAAAGUUGUGGGAUAUCCAAAAAUAGUACGUAUGUCUUGUUUUUUCAUUAACUUUUUUAUUUGAACAAUUUUGUUUUCGCAAGAAAAAUGCACAUCUAAUCAAAUGGCAGAUGGGUCGAAAAAAAUGAAAGAAAAAGAAAAAAUAAAAGGAAAAUGAAUACUAAAUUAGAUAAUGAUAAAAAAUAAAUACUAUAAUUUCAGCGAAAUCCUCUCAAUCUGAUAUUGAUGAACUUGGCUGUUGCUGAUUUACUCAUUCUUAUGUUCUGUCUUCCUUUAACAGUUAUAAAUGACGUCACAAAAACCUUUUGGUUUUCAACAUUCAUUUGUAAAUCUGUUCUUUUUAUGCAGGUUUGUUUUUUUCAGAUCAAAAGGACAAUUAUUCAAAUUUUCUUUCCAAAUUCGAGGAACUCAAUUGAGUUCAAUAUUUAUGCAAAAAUAAAAAAAAACUAAAUUUUAUUUUUUCUUAGAACACUUCGGUUUAUGUGAGUAUUAUGAGUUUAAUUUUCAUCACUUGCGAACGUUGGCGUGCUAUAACUUAUCCUCUCAAAAGUCCAUUUGUCCGAACAAGAAUUGUGAUCGUUGGUGAGAAAAACAAAAAUAUAAACUUUAGAGUUAGAGUUUAGAAUUUCUUAAAAUUACAGUAAUCUGGCUUCUCGCAAUGAUAUGUUCUUCUCCCGAACCAUUUACUCUUCAAUUAUCUCCAGCUGAAUUUCAACGACCUAAUUUUACAACAACUUGGGGAACAUCUUGCAAAGAAACUUGGUCUCAUGAAUUUCAAACAGUUUAUCAAUCAGUUCUCGCAAUUUUUGCAUAUUUAUUGCCAUUAAUUGUUAUUUCUCUACUUUGUUUGCAUAUGAUGAGAACUUUGAAACAUUCCUCAAAUAAUUUACAGUAUGUUUUUGAAAAAAAUGGUUUCCGAAUUAAAAAAAAUAUAUAAUUUCCAGAGUUGCUUGUCGUCAACUAAAUAUUCGUAAAAAAGCAGUUCGAAUGCUUUGCGCAGUUGUAUUUCUUUUUGCUCUUUCCAAUUUACCAGUUCAUGCUUAUAACAUCGCGUUGUGAGUUCAAUUUUUCGACAUCUUUUCAUUUUCUUCAAUUUCAGAUCAUAUGGUGCAUUUGAAAGUGGUGAAAAUGAAGAAAUUCAAGUUGAUUUUAUAGCUGUCAGAAAACUAUUACCACGUGUAUUUCAAUAUUCAGCUUCUUGUUUAAACCCAAUUUUAUAUAGUUUUUUGAGUGGUAAGUGCAAACUAAUUAGAAAAUUAGGAAAUAUAUCCGAUGUUUUUGAAGAGACCUUUUUAGGGCGAUUCCGUGAAGAAUUUGGUCGAGUUGUUUGUUGUAUUCGAUAUGAUAAAAGUUCUCGAGAAUUUCGUAGAAAACAAGCUUCAUUAUAUGCUUGUUCACAAAGAAAUCGAGCAAAUAGUUGUACAAUUGGACAACAUUCAGAAACUUCAAUGAUUUUGAAAAAAACUUGUAAUCAGUGA